UAACAAAGUACCAAAUGAACAAACCACAGUUCACUUUUGUGUGUGAGCGUGUGUGCGGUGUCUGUGGUGCGUUGUUUUGACACGGCCUUCCUCUGUUGUCGGGGCAGGAGUGCAACACACGGAACCAGAUGACAGUAGGAUGCGUUCUGAACUGCUGUUUUUUAUUAUAGCACUUUAUGCAACAACAGCUGAUUGCGCAAGAAGACUUAAUAGGUUUGUACGACACUAUGAGCCUUUGAUAUACAAUCACAAUGAUGUCCAUGAACGACACAUGCGGAUCAAAAGGUCUCCCCAAGACUAUGACACAGCACUCCACCUCAAGUUUUACGCACAUAACAGACAUUUUCAUUUAAGGCUAAAACGUGACACAUCAGUAUUCAGCAAUGACCUUGUGAUAGAAGCACACGACAGGAGACCGCUGGACGUAGACCUGUCACAUAUUUACUCAGGGCAUUUAGUAGGGGAGCCAACGAGUCAUGUAUUUGGGGCUCUACACGAUGGUGUUUUUGAGGGACGCAUCGAGACAACAAAGGGCCACUACUACGCAGAGCGGGCCAACAAAUACUUUGCUGAAGACCGACCAUACCACUCCAUCAUGUAUUCUGCCAAUGAUGUUGAGCUUCCAGACCACGAAAAUGACACUACUCAGCCUGGCUGUGGCAUCACAGAGGACGUGCGGCAGUGGAUGGACAGGGUUGCCAACAGCGCUGUGCCAGACACAGCUGAGAGUGGCUGGAGCAAGCCAAGGCGUGCUGUGCGCUCUCCAAGUGAGGAGCGGCAUCACCAUUUUUCGGAGGCACCGCAGGCCAAGUAUUUGCGGUCGGCAGGCAGCCUGCAUCUGGGCACAGGAGGGACCAGCUAUCUGCCCAAGAGACGCGUCUGCAACCUGUUUGUGCAGACGGACACCUUCCUCUGGGACCACAUCACAAGCACGGGCAGGGAUCCUGUCAAGGCACGCGAGGAGAUCUCAUCUCUCAUAGCCCAGCAUGUCGAGGCUGCCAGUCGCAUCUACCGAAGCACAAAUUUCAAUGGCAUUCGGGAUAUCAAGUUCGCUGUGCAGAGGAUACGGAUCAAUGACAGCUCAGCCUGUUACGAUGAAAGGCAUCGUCGGUCGAAUGCGUUCUGUGCGGGCAACCUGGACGCAUCCAACUUCUUGAACCUCAACUCCCUGUCCAACCACGAUGACUUCUGCCUGGCCUAUGUGUGGACUUUCCGGGAUUUCCAGCAUGGCACCUUGGGUCUGGCCUGGGUAGCAUCGGUUAAUGGUGCAUCUGGUGGAAUCUGUGAGAAGUACAAGACAUACUCUGAGAACAUCAAUGGAAAGUCGGAGAAUGUCAAACGCAGUCUCAACACGGGCAUCAUAACAUUCCUCAAUCACAAUGCCAAGAUCCCGCUCAAGGUGUCGGAGAUCACAUUUGCCCAUGAGAUCGGCCACAACUUUGGCUCACCUCAUGACUACCCACCAGAGUGCGUGCCCGGAGGAACGUUGGGCAACUACAUCAUGUAUGCCAGUGCUACCCAAGGUCACCAGCCCAACAACCAGCGUUUCUCACCAUGCAGCAUACGCAACAUCUCCGCUGUGCUGUCAGCAAUAUUACGCGGAGAGCAGAAGGAGAACUGCUUCCAAGAGGACGAGGGCCCGUUCUGCGGCAACAAGAUUGUGGAAGGGGAUGAGGAGUGUGACUGUGGCUACGAGGAGCAGGAGUGCAUGGAGGACUGCUGCUACCCUCGUGAACACCAGGGCAAAGGCUGCACCCGAAAGCCCAGAGCCAUUUGCAGUCCCAGCCAAGGUCCUUGCUGCACCAACAAGUGUGAUUUUGAGAGGAAGGAGAAGCUGUGCAAGCUGGAGUCUGAUUGCACGGAGCUGUCAUAUUGCGAUGGGAAACAGGCAAGCUGUCCCAACCCGGUACACAAGCGCAACAAGACAGAGUGCAACAAUGGCACCCAGGUGUGCUGGAACGGGGAGUGCAGUGGCUCCAUCUGCGAGAAGUACGGCAUGGAGGAAUGCUCCCUCACGGACGACACCAACCCAUCACCCGAUAAGAUGUGCGAAGUGGCCUGCCAGGAGAAAGACAAGCCAGAGUCCUGCAAGAGCACAUAUGAGAUAGAGCGAAUGAAGGAGAUCCGAGGCAUCAAGCUCCGGCCGGGCUCACCCUGCAACAACUUCCAUGGUUACUGCGACGUCUUCCAGAAGUGCCGCAAUGUGGAUGCUGAAGGUCCACUGGCACGGCUCAAGCGACUCCUCUUUGACAAGCAGUCACUGCAUACGGUCAAGCAGUGGGUCACGCUGAACUGGUGGGCUGUCCUGCUGAUGAUGGUGGCCCUCAUAGUGGUGAUGGCGGUGUUCAUCCGCUGCUGCGCUGUGCAUACACCAAGCAGCAACCCGCGAAAGGCUCCUGCAUUGCGCAUCAGCGACACCUUGCGGAGGCCCGGUGACACCUUCCGCAGAAAGCGACGAGUGCCCGACCCUUCCUCAAUGCCCGGAGGUCCACCGCCCCCAUACCCCGGGGGUCCGCGACCAAGCGCGCCUCCGGCCGGCCCAUCCCACGGCUACGGACAUGGUCGGGGCCACUACAACAGCCGUGGGGUCCCUGUGCAUGGUGCAGCAUCAUCCUCUGGUUCCUCUCGGCACCACCAGGGGUCACGAGGAGCCGUGCCACCUGAAGCAGUCGAGCUGCGGCCAGCCGGCAAGCGGCACCUUUGACACCACCAGUGGGGACACUGCUGACUGCAGAGGUGGCGGAAGGGCCUGCCUGCUGAUGCCUUCCUACCUGCCAAAGGACAGUGUGCCAGCAUGGCUGGCUGUGCCUCGCCCCAUUGCCAACACCACUGCGGGUGCUGCUGUUGCUUCCACACUGUGGAGUGAAAACCUGUUUGAGACUGCAGGGCCAUUUGUUUUGCCCUCAGUGAAUGCUUCCAGCACACCGUCGCCUCUAUUUAUGUGUCACUGGGAGGGAGAUGGCAGUUUAGGAGCAUGUAAUUUGGUGUAGGGCUGAGGAAUUGCAGUGCCAGCUGCAACACUGUGGUCCCUCUCAGCACUGCAGAGUGAAAACACAGCUCAAAACUGAGCAGGGCUCAUUUUUGACUCUGGGAUGAGGGUUCAUGUUUGGUAGAGCAUGAUGCAGUGUGAAGUUGGGGAAUCUUGAUGGGGCUGGCCUCGAGACGAUGGGGCCAUUGAUUAUACUUGCACUCGGUGUGGCAAACAUAGCACUGCUUGUUUUGCGUCUUGGAGAUUUGAAUGCGGACAAACAAAAAUGGGCUUCUGGUUCAGGAAUCAAAGUGCCAUUGAAACCUGCAAUCCAAGAGUAAGAGUUACUGGUUGUAGAGACGGUUGUUUCCCCAAGGCUUCUUGGCCUGACGGUGCUGCCAGCACAAUGUGAAUUGCCAAAGCAGUUGUUCAAGGCAAGCAGUAGUAGACUUUGAAGUGUAGCAAGGAAAGGUAACAUUGGGCAGCAGAGUGAACAUAUGACGAAGCAUUCUAUGGAUCAAAUAUAGAAUUUGAAUCUCCCAUGGCACUGCACAUAAAGAAAAUGACAAAAUCUGCAUUGAGUACCAUGAACAGUAAGACCGAGCAUCACAUCUUCCCAUAAGAAACUGCACCUUUUAACAGGAUGGAAUAGUGUUCACUACUUGUGUUCAACAAUGGGCUUUCUUCUAUUAAGGCAUCAACAUUUUGAAAUGGUCGGUUUUUUUCUAUUGCACAUCGAAUUCCUGCAACUUCUUUUGUAUUGAGACUACUAGCUUUUGCAUUUUUGAGGUGUGUGUACUGCCUGCAGUUCUUUUUCUUUUUUUUUUUGACUGCCUUACCAAACAGCCAGUUGACGAACAAAUACCAGUUUUCACUGCCUGCUACUUUGUUGUGCAAUGCGUGUAGUGGUUUUAACACCUACAAAGAUGAAAGAAUAUAUAUCUAUAUGGCCCAGAGGAAUGUCUUUUAUUCCUGGGUGACUAACAAAGGAAUCUACCUGCUUUGUCUACAAUUUUUGCUUUGUCGAACGUCACUAGCAGUUGUGCUUUUCUGUGGCGGACAUUGGUAUGCUUUAUUUUACAAUUAUGCAUUGCUGUGAGCCCUGAGAAAUGGCACCAAAGAAAUCCCAUCUGGCUCAAGAACAAAUCUUUAUUUUGUUUUAUCUUUUAGCAGGAAUAGUUCAAGUUUAUCAAAAUACUUUCCUUAACAGAAUUUAUGUAACCCUGCUUAUUCACUUGCUUGCGUAUUUGUUAAAGCUUACUUUUAAGUAAUGUUACUCAGCAACAAGUCGGAUCAAAAUUGGUGGAGUGAGUAUUCAUGGAAGUAAUGACCCUAGUGGUCUCUACUAUUCUGCCUGCUAUUAAAGAAAGUCUAUAGAUUAGUAACUUGACAAAGGUCAGAUCGAACAUAUUGCUUUCAUUUUCCCAUGCUGCUUUGAAUUAUAGGAAUGGCAGAAUCGGAUGGAUGCUCAGCUGCAAAAUACAUGCAUAACGGCAAACUUUGUUUCAUUGAAUGUAUCUCCUACAGAAGGAAAAAAUUCUUGCAAGGACAAUUUGUUUACAAGAAUCGUAGUUUAUAUUGAUACUCGUCAUUAAUGCUGGAUGGCUUUAUCAGUACUAUAUUGUACACUUUGUGUUAAAUAUGCUAGUUGAGCUUGAAAUACAGAGUAUUUUAAGCCUUGAAGAUUUAUUGUCGAAAGGUCACUGUUCUCGCUUCACUUAUCUUUUUUUUCUUAAUUGAGUAGAACUAGAUGUUUAUUGAAACACAUAAGCUUAUUUCCUUACCUUCCGAGUACUGAGGACGAAGCAAACUCAACUUGAGAAUUGUUCACGGAAGCUGCCAAGGACGAGUUUGACUUCUCCUCAGAUUCCAUCACUAAUUUUUAAUUAAUGCCAACGACCAGGCACCCUCGUCAGUUGUAUCCUAAUAUCUCAGUAAAUUUGUUCUUUGAUUGCCAUGAGCUCAGCAGGAAAGCUUGAAGAAUGGGUAUUGGUAUGCGUGUAGCAAGGCAUCGAUGGGGGCUUGAUACAUAGUUCUUGAGCUGUCGUUUUAAUACCAGAAUGUGAAUCUAGUGCUCACAUUUCAUGCGGAUUCAAAAUCUGCAAUAAGUUUUCUGCUCAGCUGUGGCAUAAUGUGUACUGUCAUUUUAUGGAUUUCACCAAAUCGUAACCAGCACUUAAAUAGUUAAGGCACCAUGUAGCUGCUGCUGGAAACUCUGGUUAAAAAAAAAAAAAUUCUGUAUAGCCCAAUAUACUAGGCGUCUAUAUGCAUGGUGUGUGCAUCUAAAUGCAUCUAUGUAUAUAAGUAUGGCAGCUUUCAGAGUAGUCUUGGAGUGGUGAAAAUUCAUGCAACACUUUAGUGUAAGAUAAAUAUACAGUAGAACCCCAUUGAUACGUUUUUCAAGGGACCAUGAAAAAAAAAAAAAACUUAACAGCCGAGAAAAUGUAACUGACUGUGAGAAAGGGCACGAUUCAGCACAACAACGUUAGAAACUGCUGUGAACGGCUGCCAAUACAGUUAGAUACUGUGACCAGGGAUGGCACGUGUAUAAUUAGGGUACACUUACAAUGUUCCGUAACAAUGGCCCACUUUUACUAUUGAUAUGCUUCACUGCAUAACACGGCUCUAUAGCGGUGAAGCUGACUAGAGACCCUUGCUGCCCCAAAAAUAAAUGUAGCUCUGCAUUUGGCGGGUUUGGCCGAGUGUACAUAAUUCCCAGUGGGUUUUAACCGAUGCCCACUCUUUCGUAGGCUUUGCUAACUUGUCUGUGCAUGUUUACUCCGGUGACUUGUUCCAAUGUGCAAAGCAAACUUCCUUCUGCACCGCUAAAUUGAUGUGACCGUCACUUUCAAACUCAACAUAAAAUGUGGGAACGUUACAGAAUGACGAGGUAUCAGAGGGGAGCAUAAUAGAUGGCAGUCAAAGUGAUUUAGGUCAGGACCAUGAAAAUGCGAUGUAGUAGUUAGGAAAAUGUGACAGCAAGGAACGUAACAACGGGGUUCCACUGUAAAAAAAUAUUGUUGGUAUCUAUUAAAUGAGACAAUUAAAAACUCGUUAUCUAGGAAAACUUCAGCCUCAGUCUUGAUGUGCAGAGAGUAUUUUCAGUAUUCCCCACUGUAAAUCUAUAAACUGGCUAAUGCUACAUAGACCAAGAGCACAUCGGCGAGGCUCUAGCAUAUCAAAAUUAUCUAACAAUGUGGUUGAGAGAGAGCAUUGCCACAAGAUCUUUCUUCAGCUUUAAUGUUUUACAAAGAGUUUGAUCAUGUAAUGGUUAAAGGCUGGGCAUUAAGCUAACAGGCCUUUUGGGAAUGAGCACACAUUACAAACUUCACAAGCUUUAAACUGCAUGUUUAACCAAAUUUUACCAAGAUAUUCACUGCCUGUUAAUUUUUCCAGCUGCUUUCUUUUUCCCAUGUCUCUCUGAAGUCUUGGUUAUUGUCCACUCUUCUUAACAUUAAUAAGUGUUCCAGUGCACACGUCUUGGCGACUAGAACAGAGGCCAACAAGUGUUUAUUCCUUACAACUAAUGCUUCAUAAGCCUCGUGAAAGCUGUUAGCCCGGGGCUAGCAAAUGGCAGCCAAUGUAAAGAUAAUCUAGUGCUUUUGCGAUAUGGAAACUAAAGAUGCCUUGCUGUUUUAACGUCGUGCAGUGUUGCUAUGUGCCUAUGUGCUAUGUUCGCUAACCUCACCCAGAAUACCUGAAGGUAUUCUUGAUUUCUAAACACCUUUCUUGUUUAAAGAUUGCAGAAAUGCAUCAAAUGUUACUUUUUUUUAUUGACAGUUAAUAAAUUUUUUGCUGCCAACCAAUUCAAAGAACAAUUUGCUGUCGACAACUAAUAUAGUACCACAUCGACUUUAGUAGCUUACAGCAAGAUUUUUUGAGCCCCUAACUGAAGGCCUUCUUCAAGAAACUUUAUUAAAUUUUCUGCGUACUUUGCUCAUUUUGCCUCUAUGUUGCAUUACUUUUUCUACUGUCCUUUGUAGUUUCUUUUUUUCAUGUGAUUAUAUUGCCUUAUUAUUGUAAUGUCUUUUCAUGUGCCUUAAGAAAGGACACUAGUUAUGAUUUGUCGACUAGUUUGUUUGGUUAGCCAGUUUUAUUAGUCAAAUAUAGCAUUGUGGCAUCUGCCAGAGUAAAUAAGAUGUCCUCUUAAUAUUUUUUGCAGUAGUGUACUAUCUUCAUGUCACGUGAAUUUCAUCUAAUAAGCAAGAAAGCACAGGAGCCUUGCUGCUAUUUGUUAAAACACAUAGGUUGACUAUAAGGAUCUUGUUAAUACGGAUUUCACCUUUGGUGGGGUGUGCAUUUUUUCUCAAAGAGCAUUGCAGCUAGGCUGCUGGCCUUUACAUUCUUCAGUGCUGUAGUCACUUUAUGAUUAUUUCUUGUUCAACUGACGAGGUGUGUAUGCUGGUUCUAAAGGUUUCAUUAUUCCAGAGGGUUAGCCCCAACACAUUCAUGCCUAAUUUUGGCUAAAGCCUGUUCAUGAAAUGAAGAGUGUGGAACUAUUACUGAUAGUAAUUUCAUUUUGAUUAUAUAUCAAGUGUUUCGAUCAUUGUUGCCUGUCUUUUCCGUAGAGAUGUCACUGCCUGUUUGUGGUGCGUGUUUCUUGUCAUUAUUUUUUAAAACAUCUGGGGAAAAAAAGGUGCAGUUUAUGAAUGCCUGCAUUGGAGAUGGAUGCUGAGAAUAUGUUCACUGCUUAAAUCAGCUUGGGUAGAUUGAGCUUGGGCAGAAUUGUUCAGUUUGCAUUCAGAUUGUGCACUUCAUGCUCACAGCCUGCUACAUCCAGUAAAGCUUCCUAACAGUUCUAGUUGCUGGUUCUGCUGGUUUUGAAUUGCUAGUUAUGUUUAGUAAUUUAUGCCCUCCAUCUUUGUCUUCAUGUGUGCAACCUGGCUCAAGAUGAAUGCUUUGCAUACAAUGACCAGCUUUACCAGUAUUUCCAGCUUGAAGUUUACCUAAUUUAUUGUUUUAUAUUCUAGAUUUUAUGUGCUUAUAGAUUGCUGCAUUGUUUUUUGUCCCUAAAGCUAGUUGCACCUGCUGAAUAUGAAUAAUAACUGCAGGAUGUUAGAAACAUAAUGAAAAAAGUGAAAACUGCUUGUGUAAUGCUUUUUUACUGUCACAUACUGUUGGUCAAAUUAUGUGAUAAACUUAAUAAUUUUUUAACCUGUUCA